AUGGCUGCUGCGACGAAACUCCGCAAGAUGGUCGAGGACCCCCAGUCCUUCGUCGUGGCGCCGGGCGUCUACGAUGGCUUCAGCGCCCGCAUCGCCCUCGAGGUUGGCUUUGACUGUAUUUACAUGACUGGUGCUGGCACGAGCGCAUCCCGGCUCGGCCAGCCCGAUCUGGGCUUUGCCUCGCUCAACGACAUGCGCGCCCAUGCGGAGAUGAUUGCCAACCUGGACCCGUCUACACCCCUCAUCGCCGACGCCGACACGGGCUACGGCGGGCCCAACAUGAUUGCCCGUACCAUCGAGCAGUACCACCGCAGCGGCGUCGCGGGCCUGCACAUCGAGGACCAGAUCCAGACGAAGCGCUGCGGGCACCUCGGCGGGAAGGAGGUCGUGUCCGCGGAGACGUUCAGUCAGCGGAUCGCGGCCGCUGCGCAGGCGCGCAAGAGAGUGCACUCGGACAUUGUCAUCAUUGCGCGCACGGACGCCCUCCAGACGGACGGCUACGAGGAGGCGGUGCGGAGGCUCAAGCUCGCCGUCGCGGCUGGCGCCGACGUGGCGUUCCUCGAGGGCGUCCAGACGGAGGAGCAGGCGAGGGGUGUCUGUCGCGAGCUCGCUCCGACACCGGUGCUGCUCAACAUGGUUGAGAACGGGGCGACGCCGUCGUGGACGCCGGACCAGGCCAGGGAGUUUGGGUUCAAGAUCAUCAUCUUUCCCUUCUUGACGAUCGCGCCCGCGUACGAGGCCAUCAAGUCCUCACUGCAGCACUUCAAGAAGACGGGCACCUCGGGCAUAAGCAAGGAUUUCACACCAAAGAAGCUGUUUACCGUGGUUGGCUUGGAGAAAGCGACGGCCGUUGAUGCCGAAGCGGGAGGGUCCAUGUAUUCUAGAGUGUAG